GAAGGUCAACCACAAUCACUUUCCGCUUUGGGGCCGCACUGAGCUGUUAUACUCUGUUACGUUAAGUCGCUUCAACAUGGGUAAACCAAUUCUUGGUUAUUGGGAUCUUCGUGGAUUGGCCGAACCUAUUCGGUUUCUUCUACACUACAAGAAGGUGGACUUUGAGGACAAACGUUAUGCUUUUGACACAGACGGAUGGCAGAAGGACAAGUUCAACCUUGGCUUGGAUUUCCCAAAUUUGCCUUAUUACAUAGAUGGAGAUACCAAACUGACUCAGAGUACAGCGAUUUUGAGAUACGUUGCCCGCAAGUAUGGCCUGGAUGGCAAAGAUGACGAUCAGAAACUUCGUGUGUCUAUAGCCGAGCAACAGAUUGUUGAUUUGCGUUGGGGUUUGAUCCUUCUAGUCAUCAGGAGCGAUUACAACGACAACGCCAAAGCUGAGUUUGUCAAGAAGAUUCCAGACAUGCUGAAAUUAUGGGAAAAUUUCAUUGGAGAUCAGAAAUAUCUGACUGGAGAUGACAUAACCUAUGUGGAUUUCAUGGCAUAUGACACCUUCGAUUUUUAUCGGCUGUUCCAUGCAGAAGCCUUAGAUGAGUUCCCGAAAUUGAGAGCUUUCCAGAACAGAAUCAAGAGCUUGCCUGAAUUGCAGGAGUAUUUGAGUUCUUCUACUUACAAGAAGUGGCCUAUUUUCGGACCCAUGGCUAAGUUUGGAGGAGGAGGAGACCCACCAAAGCAUCUUUGAGUAUUUCAUUUCAGUUCUUUCAUAAAUGUAUCUCCUUUAAAAACUGGACACUAUAUCAUGUUCUCAAAAAGUGUUAAUGCACCGCAUGUUUCAAAAUUGACAAUAUAUUUAAAGUGAUAAACAAUCAUGUUCUUGGGAAGAAGAUUUCACUGAUUGACAUUUCAAAAAUUUGAUACAAAAAUCUGUGUAAACCGACAUUAACUUUUGAAAACGAUGUUUGAUUUGUUCGAAAAAAAAUUCUGAUAAUCAAUCACAUUACCGUUGUAAUUGUAAUAAAAUUGCUUCAUUUUUCUA